CAAGCCUGGUCGUAGACAAACACACCACACCGUCACAGACAUACGAAGGAAUAGAACCACAAGAGAAACACAGAGGAGGUGGAACACUGACACACAGAGCUGCUUCACUGCAGCUCUGAUCACUAUCAAGAAAAUCUGCAGGGAAAAAAGAGAUUAAAUAUGAAGACUCUGCGAUUCCUAGCCGCUGAAGCCUUCGCCCAGAGUGGGCUGAGUGCUCUGGAGAACCUAAACUCUGUUUCUUUUAAUCUCUACCCACUUCUCUUCAAGGCCUGCUACCUACACGAGCAGGCCAACCUGCUGCAUGCUCUAGUGCAGACAUGGCCUCUUCCUGAACUCAAUCUGCAAAGACUCCUGGGAAGGACCAUGGACUGUCAGAUGGACCUCACCUCCUGCACAUGCCGCCUUUGUCUGGAGGCCAUUCUAGCCGGUUUAAAGGAUUAUGUGCUGUCUCCUCCGAGAACCUACGCAAAGAGCCUCCAUGUGGUGGAUCUGACUGCCCUGAAGGAUACCGAGCAUCAGUCCUGCCCAUGUAUGUCCACCCUAGGUCGAUGGGCAAGAACCCAGCGCCUGAGCCAAAUGUGCUAUGAGACCAUGGUGGCCAUGCAAUCCAGCACUGUGUCCCUAUCUGCCUUUGAAACCUCCAUCGAAGUCCACCUGAAUGGCUUCGUCACGGGCCGUAACUACGAGCUGGUGGCUCAAGCCUUCCUCCUCCUCCGCUACUGUCCUCUGAAGCUUCACUUUGACAGUUUCCGGGCUGAUUCCCUCUCUCUCAAGCAGCUCUUCUAUGUUCUUCGUCUCGCAGAGCCUGAGGCCAUCUCAAAGUUGGAGAUAGUCCAUAAUGUUCCCCUUGAGGCCGUGCACCUGGAGGUGCUGCUGUCCAGGAUAGAGUUCCCAAAACUAAAGUCUCUGACCCUGCCUGCUGGGGCUUUGGAUGUGAGGAGGCUGGGUGCUGAUGAUGAAGAUCUGCUGGCAACCAUUGGUAGGCUCCUGGCACAGCUGAGCAGCCUGACUGAGCUUUAUGUGGGAUUCUCCACUCUGACUGGACACCUGCGCAGACUGCUGAAUCCUAUCAACACCCCACUGAAGCGCUUGGACUUGGCUUACUGCCACCUGAACCGCUUGGACAUGACGUACCUCUCCAACAGCCUCCACAGCGAGGCUCUGGUCAGCCUGGACAUCGGUGGCCACGACCUCUUCGGCUCUUUCUCCACUUCUUUCCACAAACUGCUCAGCCGCUGCUCUGCCACUCUGUCCAGCCUGGCCCUUGAGGACUGUAACAUAGAGGAUGAGCACAUGGACGCCUUCACUAACGCUCUGUCUGGCUGUCAGGAGCUGGAGGAGCUCAAAUUCCUGGGAAACCCUCUGACAUCUGCAGCCUUGCGGAGGUUGUUCUCCAUGCUGUCUGCAGGCUUUCCUAAAUUGAAGUACAUAGAAGUGCCAGUUCCUCGUGACUGCUACCCCGAGGAUGUCACUUAUCCGCUGGAUGAUUCAGUCCUGCUGUGCUACAAUAAGGAGUUGUUCCGGGAGGUCAGGGACCAGCUGACGGGGAUUCUGGAGGGAGCAGGAAGAGGGAGCAUGCAGGUGUGCACCCCACUCAUGGGAGCCUAUGAUCCGGACAUUAAUGAAACCAGUAACGAGCUAGGAGUGUCCAUGCUCACAUCCUUCAACAGUGUGAUUGGGAAUUUCAUAGGAACCAUAGUAGAUGUGGACAGUAGGAGAUCACAAGCCCACAGUGGGGUUUAGAGGUCUGUUUAUGACACUUAAUGACAGGAAUCUUUAGUUCUAGAAAUUUGGAUACUUUUUUCACCAGGAAUGACCCCUGCUCAUGCUUUUAGGGCUGUCAUUUUAUUUCUCAGCAAAGCCAGAUGACUGUCAAACUAAUUUAAACAUAAGUCAUGGGUGCUUCCUGAGGAGAGGCUGUUUUACCAAAUCUAUCAGUCUGGACAAUAUUGUCAGAAAGGGAGUUUUUCACUUCUAUUUUUUAUUUUGUCUGUGCUACAGCAGACAGGAUGAGUUUUUGAAGGUUGUUUUCUUGAUGAGUUUAGAAAUUUCAGUCUCAAUUUUUUAAAGGGCCUAUAGUUUAGACUGUAUACAUUUAUUACCCUAAAAAAACAUUUGUGGACAAAAAUGUCCACUGCAAAAAUAUCAAAUAAUUUAUAUACAAUUUUCCCUCCACUUUUUAAAAAUUAAUUCUUUCCAUUGACUUGUGUCUGGUCCAAAAGUACCAAAAUAUUUGAAUAUUCUAGGGAUUUUAACCCUUUAAAUGCCAGUUUGAAUAUAUCAUGUCACUGUUCUAUAAGAAAAUCACACUGAAAAUUAGUUAUUUCAACAGUGGUUCUCAACUGGUGUUAUCUCAUAGAACUAUGAAACAUAGAAAUAUGAAGCACAUAGAGCUAUUUUAAAACAACACUACAGAUUCUAAUGAGGGGGCAGAAUCAUUUUUGCAGAGUAGCAACAAUCAGUGCUGGCAGGAAACACUCUGGAGUUGAUGCCCUGAGCGCUGCCAGCACAAAACAGGCCAGAUAUGGACACGCAGCCUUAAAAAUGCUUUAUGGACAAUUUUUGUUCCUGGUCCCUAUUCAUGACCCACCUUAGGGUCCUGACCCCACCGGUUGAGAGCCAAUGUAAGACACGACAGGUAGCAGAUUUUUUUCAAAAUAAAGACUUGGAUGGGUCAAAAAUAAGUGACAAAAUUGAUUUUGAUUCAUGAUUAGUGUUUUUUUUUUUUUUUAGUAUUUUAAAAUUCAGUACCCUAUUUAGCCUAUUUACCUGCAAUAAUAAUUGUUUUUGAUCUCUGCCAUAGCAGAAUAAAAUCAUAAAUUCUAUGUCAAUACUUCAUUUUGAAGGAAAACUGUUGAUCAUCUUUAGUUUAUACAACAAUAAUAGACAAAACCUAAUAACGCAUCUAAAUCAAUUUUGUUGCUAAUAUUGGCAAUUUAGGGGUUAAAAUCCCCAAAAUAUUGAAAGAGCUGGUAACUUACGUCAGGACUAAGGUUAAUGAAAAGAAAUAAUAAAUCAAAGGGGAAAUAAUUAUUUUUUAUGAUUUUUGAAAGUAAUGUGUCCACAGUGGGUAUUUGUGUCCAUGAAUGGCUGAUUAGUGAAGUAUAUUUUAAUGAUACUGGAAGGAUAAAGAAAUAUGUGUUGUUUCUAGAUAGAUGCAGCUAAAAUAGUACUUAUGGUCGACACUUGCAGUAUCUAUGUCAUUAAUAUCUGGUGAUGUAAAUGUUGUAUAUAACAGGGUUUGUGAACAGCACUUCUAAUGUAAUAUAACUGACAAAUAUGUUUUUUCUGUCAUACCCCAAAAAUAAAACCUUCAUAUACUUCACCUGCUAUUACAUAAAAAUGAGACAAAUUCCAGAUCCUCCAAAAU